AGGAAGCCUUCCAAAGACUAUAUCAAGUAAAAGGCACUCGACGAAAAUCCGUCACUUUUGGGCGGGAAACAAAUCUCAUCUGCGGUGAAAACUAUGUUUCCAUUAUUAUUUUUGGUGUUCGUAGUGGCUGUAAAGGUUUUCAAGAAGACCACCCCAAAUGGCAAGGUCACCGUUUAUCUAGGUAAACGAGACUUCAUCGAUCAUCUUGAAAAUGUGGAUCCCAUUGACGGAAUUGUCGUCGUCGAAAAUGACUAUCUUCAGGGCAGAAAAAUCUUCGGACAGAUAACGACGACCUAUCGAUAUGGACGAGAAGAGGAUGAAGUUAUGGGAGUCAAGUUCAGCAAGGAGUUGGUGCUCAACAAGGAGCAAAUUGUGCCAAUGAGGAAAGAGAAGCAGGAGACGACGGCGAUUCAGAAUCGACUUCUGAGAAAGUUGGGACCAAACGCGUAUCCAUUCUUGUUCCAAUUCCCAUCGAGUUCCCCGAGCUCCGUGACACUCCAACCUGGCGACGACGAUCAAGGCAAACCCCUCGGUGUCGAAUAUGUCGUUAAAGUUUACGUCGCUGAAAAUGAGGAAGACAAGGGACACAAACGAUCGAUGGUCGCGCUCGCAAUAAAGAAAUUGCAGUACGCACCACCAACACGUGGACGAAGACUUCCGAGCUCACUUGUCUCCAAGGGUUUCACAUUCUCGCAGGGCAAAUUGAAUUUGGAAGUGACAUUGGACCGGGAAAUUUACUAUCAUGGUGAAAAAGUCGCUGCCAAUGUUAUUAUCACUAAUAAUUCACGCAAGACGGUUAAAAAUAUUAAAAUGUUUGUGGUUCAACAUUGUGAAGUGACGAUGGUCAAUGCUCAAUUUUCACGUCACGUCGCGAGCUUGGAAACCAGAGAAGGAUGUCCAAUAACACCUGGUGCAUCGUUCUCGAAGCAAUUCUUCCUCGUCCCAUUGGCCAGCAGCAACAAGGAUCGUCGUGGAAUUGCUCUUGACGGUCAUCUCAAGGACGACGACGUGAAUCUCGCAUCAUCAACAUUGGUCGCUGAGGGAAAAUGUCCAGGAGACGCUAUGGGAAUUGUCAUUUCCUAUUCAAUUCGUGUGAAAUUAAAUUGCGGUACUUUAGGCGGAGAAUUGAUCACCGACGUCCCAUUUAAAUUAAUGCAUCCCGCUCCAGGAACUGUCGAGAAGGAACAGGCGACAAUGAAGAAGAGCAAAAGUAUUGAUCGCGGUCGAUACGAAAGUUCUUGUUACGCAAACGACGACGACGACAAUAUCGUCUUUGAAGAUUUUGCCCGACUUCGUCUAAAUGAACCCGAAUAAGUAAAUUCAAAACAGUAGGAAUCCAAAAAAAGGCUGAACAUCUCUCUCUUUUCUCUCUCUCAAAGGAAUACAUACAUCGGUUCAAAACCAAUUUGCAACCUCUACAUCCUCUCUUAAAAUGAAAGAAAAAACCAAAAAACCAAAAAAAAAAACAAGAAAUAAUAAUGAACGUUUUUUUCUUUUCAAUAUCCCAGAUGUGAUUUUUCUUUUUUAAUUUCAUCGCGAUUUUUCUAUUUUGCAAAUGUUUUUUCUAUUUAGAAAAAAAAUACAUAUUUGCAAAUAUAAAAAAAUUAACAAAAAAAGAAUAUUAAAAAAAUAAUGAUAAAAAAAUAGAAAAAAUAUCAAAAGAAAAAAACUUGUCGAAAUUUCCGCUCGAUUGUGGUGGUCGAACGGAAAUUUAUCUAGACAAAAAAAGAAUACAUAUAUAUAUUUAUUACUUUAACUCUUUCUCUUUCGUUGUAUUUUAAUACGAUAAGAAAAAAGAAAGAAAAUUUCCCGCUUAACCAGAAGUGACGUCUAUAUAUAGAUAAUUUUAAUAAAUAAAAUUUUAAUUGUAUAAAAAUAAUAAAUGAGAAAGUAAUCGUCAAUGAGAGAUUCUCUAUAAAAUGUGAAGAAAGAAAUAAUUUAAGAGAAGAAUGAAAAAAAUCUGUAUAUCGUUGACUUAUUUAUUAUUAAUAAUUCUAUAUUUAUGUAAACUUAGAAAAUAAAGUUGAUGAAAUUCUUUCA